AUGUCAUUAAAUGGCUUGGACGAUCCCAGAGUUAAGGAGGCUUAUGAGGCAGCUGCCGCAGAGCCAGGAGGAUGGUUCCUGCUGAAGUAUGCCAGCCGCGAUGAGGUUGAGCUGCUCGGCCGUGGUAACGGUGGCAUUGUCGAGAUACGUAAUAACAUCGCGCAGUACGAGGAGAAGUCGCCGCUGUAUGGGUUCUUGAGGUACCGACGCCGCAAUGUCAUUAUCAAAUACUUGCCGGAGGAUUGUUCCAGACUCAUCCAAGCACGAGUGGCUGUCCAUUUCACCGCUGUAUGCGACCGCUUCUCGCCGCAUGAUACUACCUUCUCCAUUGCGGAAUCCAAGGAGCUCAAGGACACAAAGCUUUCGGCUGCCUGCUCCUUGCACACGGCGUCCGGCUCGACAUCUUCUUCAACGAGCUCAUUGCGUCGGAGACGGUUGAUGGAAAUUGCCGAGGAAGAGGAGGAGGAAGCACGGGAAAGGAAGCGUCAGUCACUAGUCAAAGAGGAGGAGCGGCACGGCCCGAGUGCGCCGCUGACCUCUGAGCCGCCCGGACCCGCAAAACUGAACGCAGAUCUCGCCAAUUUGCCCGAGGCCGCGCGGUUCACGAGUCAAUUAGAGCCGCCGGUUUUCACAGGCGUUCCCAGACCCUCUUCACCAGCAAAGUCCUUUGAUGAGGCUGCCCGUCGCAUGUUGUCACAGUCAUCGCGGCACGAACUGUAUCCAACUUCUUCUUACCCAUACUCUAAGCCACGAGUGAAGCUUGGCCCGAGGCCUUCGGUGGAGAUAAGUGGCCGGCCCCGGUCAGCUGCCGGAGGAGCGGCAAACAGGCCCGUGUCGACAGUUCCCGCCGGGCUAAAAUCAUUGUCCAAGGGUUCCAGAAAGGGCCGCACUCACGAACACGACGAAGAAGCACCAGAAUCCGAACUCAAAGAAGAGCCAAAAGAUCCCUUCCAGCAGUCAGUUGCCGGAUUUAACAUGGAUCCAUCUGACGGCGAACCGGCGCGACCGCACACGAGCAGUGGAGCUCAUGCCGCAAUUGCCACGCCGUCUCCGCUCAAGAUCAACAUGCCUGCCAUUGCUUUACCGCCCAACAAGCAGAGCACAAUGACUCCCGAAAAGGCCCGUCUAUUGAAAGCGAUGAAGUUGAGGGAACAGAAGAAAGUCUCGAACUUGCAGUCAACACUGGACCUCCCUGCUCCUGACAUGCCAUCCGCCCCAGGCGUUCCGGAUGAGAGCGACAAUACAAACCCCGAAACACGGGCAAUUUCGCCGCUAGCCGAGGAUACGCUCCCAGAAGCGAACAGCCAGCAAAAUGACGGCCCUUCUGACUUGAAAGCGGACCCUGAACCUGAUUUCGAUGCCGAGCCGGAUCGUACCUCAGUUGAUACCCACACGGAUUCGCACCCUGCGUCUCCUUUGGCCGCUUCGGACAUUGGCGAUUCUACACAGGCCUCCUCGUUAUCCGAGUCGACCGAUGAAACACUCCUCGCCAAGGAUCAAGGCCCGAGUCAAGAGGCGGAAGCCGACACACAAAUUGCAGCCAUCGCAGACAACGAAAUUCUGCCAUUAGAGAAAGGCGCUGAUGCUGCUGAGGUUGGGUUGACCAAUGGUGACUCGGAGAAUGAUAAAGCCGCAAUGGAUGGACGUGGGCGAGUAGAUGACGAGGGUCCCGCGGUGGUCAAGGAAGAUAUUGAGCAGGAAAAUGGAACUUCAAACCCAACACCCGACGGCGAGGCUGACAGAUCCUCGGCAAUCUCAGAGAAAGUUGAAAAAGAUACAAGCAAUGAUACACUAUCUGGAGCGGUUGAUGCGCAAGAGACAAAGGUUUCGCAUUCAAACGAGGAGCAAACGCCAUCAUCACCCCAGAUUCGAAUUCCUCUCUCAAAAUUCUCCACACAGGAGGCGAAAUCUCCGACAGCGGCUGCAAACCAAGCCAUUUCGCCUUCUGCAGCCCGUUCUCCAGACAUGGACAGAUGGUCUAUCCAGGACGCAGCCCCACCUGUGCCCGACAAGGAUGACGCCCCCAAGACGGGCAAUGAUGCAGAAGGCGCUGCUGCAGAAGCUAAGCCGUCACGGCGAAAUUUUCCUGGCCCUAUUCGAACAGACCUUGAUGCGCUUGAGAAGGACAAACGGCGCUCGGUGAUCAGCAUCACAGAGAACGACGGUCUUAUGGAUGAGCUGCAGUCGGCAACCGUGCAACAAGCAACACCAAUCGCUGUGUCAAAGUCUUCCAUGAACCCUUUCUUCUCUGCUGAUGCCGGUUACAAGAAAACUCCCGGAGGAGUGGAGAGACCGGGCUUCUCAAGAGCCGUCUCGAAUCCUGGCCGCAGCUCUCUUCUGCCCGCAGGAGAAGCCCCUGCAGGCACGGGCAGGUCAGUCUCGACCGGUACUGCGUACCUAAACAAAAUUUCUCAGCAGACAACACCGUCAGAUCUGAGACCCAAGAGCGCCAAGUUGGGAUCGAGCAUCUCGCAGCGCAUCAAGGCAUUGGAAAUGCUUUCUGGAAGCGCCAGCCCUAGCGAUACGGCGCCGAAAGAACGACCUGCUACGACUUUCUUUGCCGUUCGCAAAGCCAACACGAGGGAGCAGUCCAAAUCACCCUCCGUGGUCGACAGAGCCAACUCGCUAACCAGAGGUCCAACGCCUACUCCCCCGGAGUCAAUGGAGUCGUCCCCUGAAACUACCAGAGCAGCAAGACGUGACAGGUCCGGAUCACUGGUGAACCGUCUGUCCAUGUUUGAAGGGGGAAAUCCACCCAGAGGCAGGCCUGAAUCUAUUCAAGUGAAGGCACGCAUCAUCCGUGAUCCGAACCAGCCAUUUCCAAAGGUCCCGGAACCAAGAGCGGACGCGGCAGACUACGGUCCCUUGGAGCUCAAGCAGUCGCCUUUGAUAGUGGAUAUCCAGAGCCGCGCUGUCUCGCAGAGCCCGGCCCGGCCCCUUAGUAGUGUUUCGACUCGUCAAGCCGGACAGGAGUUGGCCUCGCAAGCCAAGCAGUCCCUGCUCGAGAGGCGGCUAUCGAGGGAUAGUCGGUCCCAAUCCCAGGACCCGGAUAAAGAAGGCACGGACGAGGAGGCGAAGCAACAGUCUACGGGCCCUCGCCCCCGACGGCGGUCAUCUCUCUCUGUGGUCAAGGACUUCAUCAAGGAUCGCGGCGGUUCCCUCAUUGGUGUGAAGUCGCCAUCGACGGAUAAUCUUGGCCGAUCCCCGUCGCCUGCGCCAACGAGCCUAGUGUCUCCUGCGAUGCCUACAUCUUCGCAGUCGCCGUCUCGUCCCCCUUCGGUUCAUCAGACUGUGUCCCUGGCCCGUCGCCUGAGUAUCAGCAGCCGGCGUUCAUCGAUAGAGCAGGCUACGCCGGCAUUUUCCGUCAAUAGCGCUGCAAUUCUAUCCCCUGCCCGCACUCCAGAUGCUGGCGGUGAGUCCGAAACGGACGUCAAGGGCGGUGGCAAAAAGUCAGGCCCUCCCAGCCCUAAUCAGAGCAAGGGUAGCCGCGCUUCUAGGUUCAUGCGGCGUCUCUCCAACACGCUCGUCACCAGCAAGAAGAACUCAGCUCCGUCAAGCCCGCCUACCGUGGCCGAGGAGGACGCUGCCGAGGUCGAGGCUGCGUCCAGGAGCAGCACCGCCCAGUCGCAGCCUAGUAUCGUCGCAUUCAUGGGUGAUGUCAAUGUACAGUUUCCGGACAACCUCUUGUGGAAACGUCGGAGCAUUUGCCUUGACAGCCAGGGAUUCCUGAUUCUCAGCGCCGUCCAGGGCACGCCCAUGAUGCCGGCCGUUGCCCCGGGCAAGGACAGACAGCAAACGGGUCUAGUCAAGCGUUACCACAUGAGCGACUUCAAGGCCCCCUAUGCCCCCGACGUGGAGCUGCAGGAGCUCCCCAAUAGCGUGGUGCUCAACCUUGUGGAUGGGAGCGGACUGCAGAUUGCUUGCGAAGAUAGGGCCGGGCAGAUGAGUAUUCUGCGCAUCCUUGAAGAGGCCCAUCAUAACCACACCAGCUUCGGGCAAUGA